CACCCCCAGCCCUAGGAUACCUUCCCGAAGUGCUCAGAAGCACCUGGCACAGUCAGGGAAGGCGCCUGUCAAAACAUCCAAAUAUUGGACUAUGGAAAUGGAAAGUGAAGAAGAAAAAUGGGAGAAGCUGGAUGCAGAAUUUGAUCACUUUGUGGUAGAUAUGAAGCCCUUUGUUCUAAAAUUACUCCAUAGGUCAGAACGGCAGAGGUGUGCUCUUUGGAUUAGAAAGUUGUGUGAACCUUCAGGAACAGGUGCAGGAAUAAUUGGCAGGAAGAAUCGGAACCUGUAUGCAAAAUUGUUAUUGCAUAUGCUUAAGCGAGGAGUGCUUGAAGGCCCUUUUACACACCGCCCUGAACCAGGGACACUAAAAACAUUACCUUCAUACAUGUCCAUCUAUUUUGAUGAGCCAAAUGCAGCACAAGCAAAAAGUUCAAGCCCAGAGAGCUUACCCCACUGGGUAAUGGGUGAGCUGGGGACAAGUGAACACAAAUUAAGUGAAUCAUGGAAACUUUCUUCUGGCGAAGAUAGCACUUUGGUGCUGUCACCAACUGGUGCACACAGAGAGCAAUACACUGGGAAGCACCGAAUGAGCUCACGCUCUAUAAGUCCAUCUUACAAAGAAGAAGAACAAAAUGUUAUCCCAAAGAACUCUGAAGUUCAUUUGAAAAAAUCUCCUAUUUCUUUGGAUGACAGUGACCUUGAACCUCGCCUGAAUAGUUGGAAUCUUGGGAUAGAAAAUCCUCGGUACCUGAGACAGAAGCCUCUCCCAGUUUCUCUGAUGACUCCCAAGUUCAGCCUGAGAAAAUCCAGCAGUUUCCAUGAUGAUCAUUUUCUUUCUCGAAUGCAUGAGAAAGAGUUGGACAUGAAAACAAAAAUGAUGGAAGCAAAAUUUCAUGAAGAAAAACUUAAACUUCAACAGAAACAUGAUGCUGAUGUCCAGAAGAUUUUAGAAAGAAAGAAUAAAGAAACCGAAGAAUUGAAAGCUUUAUACAAAAAGAAACAAAAUGAAGCUGACGAGACUAUAAGAAAGCUUGAAAAGAAAGUUCAGACCCUUAUACGUGACUGUCAAGUUAUCAGAGAGACUAAAGAAAACCAGAUUAUAGAGCUAAAAAAGAUAUGUGAACAAAGUACAGAAUUUCUGAAUAAUGAUUGGGAAAAAAAGCUCCACAGUGCUGUAGCAGAAAUGGAAAAGGAAAAAUUUGAACUUCAAAAGCGACACACUGAAAAUAUUCAAGAUUUGCUUGAGGAUACAAAUGUACGUCUGAAUAAAAUGGAAGGUGAAUACAUGGCACAAACACAGGCUACAAACCACAUGGUUAAAGAACUGGAGGCCCGUGUCCAGCAACUGACUGGAGAAGCAGAGAACAGUAAUUUACAGAGACAGAAACUAAUUCAAGAUAAAUUGGAACUUGAAAGAUGUUACCAGAUAACAUGUAGUGAAUUACAAGAAGUAAAGGCAAGGCGCAACUUACUGCAUAAAGAAAAAGACCAUCUUAUGAAUGAUUAUGAGCAAAACAUGAAACUAUUACAAAGCAAACAUGAUGCAGAUAUAAGCCUUCUGAAACAAGAACAUGCUCUUUCAGCUUCAAAGGCAUCUGAUAUGAUUAAAGGAUUAGAACAGAACAUCUGUCAAUUAAAACAGCAGUUACAGGAAUCAGAACUUCAAAGACAGCAGCAACUAAAGGACCAAGAAAAUAAGUUUCAAGUGGAGAAAAGCCAAUUAAAACACACCUAUGAGAAUAAGGUUCAUGACUUGCAGAAUGAACUUGAUAAAGAAAAAGAAGAUGCUCAAAAGAAAAUUCAUAAAUUUGAGGAAGCUUUGAAGGAAAAAGAGGAGCAACUAACUCGUGUGACUGAGGCUCAAAGGUUGCAGGCCCAACAGGCAGACGCUGCUCUAGAAGAGUUUAAGCGGCAGGUGGAGCUGAACUCAGAGAAGGUCUAUGCUGAAAUGAAAGAGCAGAUGGAAAAAGUAGAAGCAGAUCUCACUAGAUCCAAGACUCUACGUGAGAAACAGUCUACGGAGUUUUUAUGGCAACUGGAGGAUGUCAAACAAAGAUACGAACAGCAGAUAGUAGAGCUGAAGCUGGAGCAUGAACAGGAGAAGACGCACCUAUUACAGCAGCAUAACGCGGAGAAGGGUAGCCUAGUCCGAGACCAUGAACGGGAAAUUGAAAACCUGGAGAAACAGCUUCGCGCUGCCAACAUGGAGCACGAAAAUCAAAUUCAAGAGUUCAAGAAACGAGAUGCGCAGGUUGUUUCGGACAUGGAGGCCCAAGUUCACAAGCUGAGAGAAGAGCUGAUCAGUGUAAACUCACAGCGUAAACAGCAGCUGGUAGAACUUGGUCUUCUUCGUGAGGAGGAAAAGCAAAGGGCUGCGAGGGACCAUGAGACUGUUGUCAGUAAGCUGAAGGCUGAAUCAGAAAAGAUGAAGAUAGAGCUGAAGAAGACUCACGCUGCUGAGACAGAGAUGACACUGGAGAAGGCCAACAGCAGGCUGAAGCAGAUUGAGAAGGAAUAUACUCAGAAGCUUGCCAAAUCUUCCCAGAUCAUAGCAGAACUUCAGACAACCAUUUCCUCUCUGAAAGAGGAGAGCAGCCGACAGCAGCUUGCUGCAGAAAGGCGGCUCCAGGAUGUUGUACAAAAGUUUGAAGAUGAGAAGCAGCAGCUGAUUAGAGAUAAUGAUCGAGCAAUCAAGGUUUUACAAGAGGAACUAGAAAACCGCUCUAAUCAGGUGCGAUGUGCAGAGAAAAAGUUACAGCACAGAGAACUCGAGUCACAAGAACAGAUAACUUACAUACGGCAAGAAUAUGAAACAAAAUUCAAAGGGUUGAUGCCAGCAUCUCUAAGACAAGAACUUGAAGACACCAUUUCCUCCCUAAAAUCACAGGUUAACUUUCUACAAAAGAGAGCAUCCAUCCUUCAAGAAGAGCUGACGGCAUACCAAGGCAGAAGGUGA